GGCGUGAUUUUCGCGAAGUAACGUGCAAGACGAACGAGAGCAUCAGCCACGAGUUAAUCGUAGGAUUAAAUCGAACGUGUGCAGCAUCAUUGACAGCGCGGCAUCAUGGGCAAAUCGAAUCUAUCCGAGAUUCAGUCUUUCUAUAAAGACAAGACCAUUUUUAUCACCGGCGCUUCCGGAUUCAUGGGCAAAGUUCUUCUAGAGAAGUUGUUGUACAGCUGUUCCGACCUCGACAAAAUCUACAUCCUGUUACGAAACAAGAGAGGUCGCAGUUUCGAUAAUCGGCUGGAGGAUAUAUUCAAGUUGCCUCUGUUUCAAAGAGUGCGAAAUGAGAAACCGGAGACUUUUAAGAAGGUGAUACCGCUACAGGGCGAUUUAUCCUUGGAAAAUUUGGGUCUUACUAAAGAGCAGCGCGAGCGUCUGAUAAACGAGGUGCACUUGGUGUUCAAUUACGCUGCGACUCUUCGAUUGGAGGCGAAAUUGAAAGAUGCCGUGGAGAUGAAUCUAGUAGGUACAGAGAGAGUACUAGAGCUGGUGAAGCAGAUGAAGCGCCUGCAACUCUUCGUGCAUCUAAGCACGGCCUUUUGUCAUAUCGAUCAGGAGGAACUCGGCGAGCGAGUCUAUGAUUCUACCGAUGAUCCUAAGGAUAUCAUAAGACUCAUUCAGUGGCUGGACGAAGACAUCAUCGAUCUCAUUACACCCAAAUUAUUACAUCCGCAUCCAAAUACUUAUACGUAUACGAAACGUCUGGGCGAAACACUGGUAGCCAGAGAAUAUCCUAAUCUGCCUUGCUGCAUCGUUAGACCAGCCAUUGUGAUUCCUAGUUAUACGGAGCCGAUUCCGGGAUGGGUCGACAAUCUUAAUGGACCAACAGGUUUGCUUGUCGGUGGAGGAAAAGGUGUUAUCAGAUCGAUGCAUUGCAAUGGUGAUUAUCACGCUCAAGUUAUUCCAGUUGACGUCGUAACUAAUGCUAUGAUCGCGGUUGCAUACACGCUUUGUAACACGAAAGAAGAAGCAAAAAAUAUCCCCGUAUACAACAUGACGCAGAGCAGUGUAUUAGAGAUUACAUGGAGGGAAGUAUUGGAUCGAGGCAAAGAAGUACUUCAUGAGUAUCCUUUCGAAGGACAGAUUUGGUAUCCGGACGGCAAUAUACGCAGCAAUAUAUAUGUGCAUAAUCUCUUCGUCUUUUUCUUUCACAUUAUCCCUGCAUACUUGAUCGAUUUUUUGAUGAUAAUAUUUCGACAGAAAAGAUUUAUGGUCAGAAUCCAGAAGCGAAUUUCAUUGGGCCUACAGUUGCUGCAGUACUUCACCACGAGGGAAUGGAUAUUUCACAGUGAGAAGAUAAUAGCUCUGCAAGAUACGUUAUCACCGGUAGACCAAAAGUUAUUUCCAUUUGUCUUUUAUGACAUCGAUAUAAACGAAUAUUUAAAACACCUCAUCCUCGGCUCACGGCAGUACUGUAUGAAAGAGGAUCUAUCCACUUUACCGAGAGCUCGUCGACAUCAAAAGAUUAUGUUCAUUAUCCACAAUGUGGCGGUCUACUUGUUCUAUUUUGGUAUUUUGUAUCUGGUUUACAAGCAGUUUGAGACAGUGAGAUUUUGUUUGGACUACGGCACCGAGAAGAUGAAAUUGAUGCCACUCGUAGGCGGGCUCAUGCAGAAGAUGCACAUCUGAGGAUAUUCACGUUUCGGCAUUCAUAGGCAUGGGGUAGUUUGUGGAAUGUAGCGCGCAAGCAGUGAUAGUCCCAUUCAUUCUCUACUCAAUCUCAUUAAAAUUGUGCGUGAUAGUACUUGAAUUACAAGAUGGAAAGCAAUUUUAGUACAUCAUAUGACGUAAAAAUCUCGCUACACUUGUCAAUAUUAGCUGUAAUUUUCAUAGACGCAGUUUGUAUCGCAGACGUAUCUGAAAAAAUGGUUCCAAACGUGUCUAAAAAAUUAUGUAGGAUGCAUUAGCUUUAAUCUUACCAAUCAAAAUGUAUUUAGUAUAUGCAUUUCUAGGAGGCUGAUCGACUCUGCUUAAAUGCACAAAAUAUUGCAGACGAGAUAUACGCGCGAGCUUUUCUGCAAUAUAGGCUGCGUUCCGAUAUUGACUGCCAGUACUGAAAAGCUAUAGUUUAUGUCACGUAUACUAUAGAUUUUCAGUACUGGCAGUAAUAUCGGAACACAGCCAUAGUCUUGACACAAUGUUGCUUUGUUAUCCGUAUCAUUAUGAUAUAUGUAUACACGAGCACAUAUAUAUUUACUGUCUUAUAUGUAAGAACAUGUAUUUUCUCGAUGGUGAAGGAUGAAGGAUUUAAGGCACUAUCAUGAUAUAAAGAUUUACUGAUGCCA